UUGACAUUUCUGUCUUGAGUCGUUUGACAGCUGUUUGGCUAUCGAGUCGUGAAAAACGAAGAGAACUGCGCCCUUCAAUUUGCAACAGAAAAUCAUUUCCGAUUCCGUCACGAUAUCGAAAAUCCCCGGGUGCAUUCUAAAUUCCAAUCGUUCGCGACAAUAAUGAAACGUAAAAAGUCCGACAAAUGCGCAAAACGUCAUUGAGCUCGCGAGAGAGAGAAGAAAUCGGAAGUGCGAUCCACGGCCCCGGGGCCGUAGUGGCGAAAAGUAAAAGUCGAUUUUCGUCGGUGUCCAAUUUGCGUGCAUUUUUUCGUGUGGCUGUGCGGCUAGAAUUCGUAGUUCUGUGGUUUGGAGAGCAGACAAAGUACUAGCGGCGCACCUAGAGGCGGCCUGAUUGCCGAGCGGAGGAGGAUUUAGUUGGUGAGGGUGAGACGUCGCGGCGCGGGGCCGUCGCGGCUUCUUUGUCAGGCGAUGGCUACGCUACGCGAGACUGGGAUCUUCCGGCUGCGGGCGCUCAUCACAAAAUUCCGCGCCAAGCUGUCCACCGUCACCGAGUACGACCCGCAUAAGCAGAUCAUCUGCCUCGUCUCGGAGGACAAUGAGGUGCUGCUGCGGUACACGAACGACGUCGGCGCGGAUGUGUUGAAGCUGAUUUCGUGGUUCAAGAGGUCCGGCCGGGUCGUGCAUGAUGUCUGCUUCGAUCCCAGCGGGACAUGGUUGCUGGUUUUAUGUUUCGACAAUACUCUCCACAUCGUUCCUGCUAUGUACAUAGUCGACUCCUCCUUCAUCACGGAAAAUACUCCUUUCAGCACAAAUGAAAUCACAUCAUUCGUCAUACCAUUCGUGGGUCCUCACGAAUGUCCCAACUCAAAAUCCUGCCCAAAUACCGACUCAAACACAAGCACCAUGUCCUCAUCAAGUGAUCCCCUCGCAGAAAACGCAUUCGAUCAUUCAGGCCCGAAAGAAGUGAAUAAUGAGCCCUCCUUCACGCCCAAUUGCAUCACAGUCCCGAUAAGUAUUGACGACAUUGUCUCCCAAAAUGUCCCUUACAAAGUACUACACCCAAUACGAAAGGAGUCGAGCAUCGACGAAACCACGAAUUCAACGCAAAGCAGCGGGAAAUUAUCAAAAACACAAGACACAGAAGGAGAGGCUGGAUCCUCUGCGGGUCGUAGUAAUCUAACGAAUAAUGACAGCAUGGAGUCGUUCAUGAGUUCAGCGACUUGUCCGUAUCCGCUCUGUGUGACGUGGUGGCAGGCGUUGGAUCAAAGGAAUAGAGCGAUUAUUGGCUAUUCAGAUGGGUCGUUGUGCUUUGUUGGCCUGACACCUAAUUGUCCGUUCAUUUCGACGAGCAAUAUUGAAAACGGUUCGGUUGUGAAGUUAGUUAUUUGCAAGGAUAAUAGCAUGCAAAAUGUUACUCUGUUGAUCAACUCAUCAAAUCGCGAACAGUGGAAGCUUCUCCUCGAACAGAAAUCCAUCAAUUACACCUUCCCAGGAGACGGAUCACCAACACAUAGCAGCGAUAAUGGAAAAGACGAUUGGCAGUUCGUUACUCCAAUCAGAGCCGACUCCUUGGAGAAGUCGUCAUCAUCAAAUGUUCCGAGUGAUGAAGCGUUGAAAGAUGUUAAGGAUGUCCCGAAUCCAAUUCCAUCUGCUCCUCCAGCAACGGAUUCGGCUGAGUCAAGUCCGAUUUCGAAAAUUGGGAUACUCCCCGCGGCACGAGCAAGACUAGCUCUAUUAAAAGACGGCGCGAAGAAAUUUAUAGCACUCAAAAUGAAAUUAUCAGACGGGAAUAAAUAUAAAACUGGGGAAAGCAACUCUGAUGACUCCCUAAGCUCGUUUGCGAUUAUGGAGUCUCCAGCGAUGACCCCGGAAAUAUUAACAACACCCUCGGGUCCGUACUUCAUUGUACAGAAUCUACGCAAUACUUUUCUGCUAAGUGCCUUGCACACUUACUCCGACACAUUAUCCGUUCAUAGAAUGGAUGUCAGCCUUAUCCCUGUGUUUCUGUAUAAAAUCCCCAGCCACUGUCAAGAUAUUUUAAUCUGUUCAAAUGUUUUAUAUUCAACACAAAUGGUUGAUGUAAAUAACGAUCAAACAGGUGAAGUAAGUGAGGUGGCCGACAAGCCACCACCUGUUGAUUGCAAGGAGGCCGAUGGGAAAUGUACGGACAAUACGAACCAGGAAGAAGUGCAAGACACCUCGAAACGGGUGAAUGCGGUCGGGGUUAUAAGUAGUGCAAUGGCAUCAAUUCGGAAUGGAGAGGAUGUGUGUUUCAACGAAAAUUCGUUGCUGGGUCUCUUCAAGUUUCCCGACGAAACAAUCAUAAACGUACAUCGAAUGGUUUCUUAUCCGUCGCUCGAAAAGCCGAAGAUUGCGAAAGAUGAUAGCAACGAUACGCUGUUGUCUGGCGAAAUCAAGUCGCCGAGUGGUUAUAUGAGCCUCCACAAGAAUCUUAGAUGCGACGAGUUUUUUCCCUUGCGCGAGUCAGAUUACAUGUUAGGCGAGUUUCCGAAAAUUAAUUACGAUCCGUGUAUCAUCGUCACGAAUAAGAACACGUAUUUCAUAGAGUUGAACAACGAGCCGCAGGUGAUAUUCCUCAACGCCGCAAUCUCCGGGUCCUGGACAGUCUGCGAAGAAUUUUGCAACACAUUUGAUCUAUCACUGCCGCAAUGUAUUGAAUUUGCAGGAGACCUGCUUUUGCGACGUAAGAAAAUCACUCAGGCUCUGUUUACGUAUAACGUCGGUCGUAUCCCACCUGUGCGUACAGCUUUGAAGCUCGCAAUGUUUGGGGAGAAUUUCGCAUUAAUGCAACUAUGCGCAUUGGCUCUCAAGUCGACGUAUAUAUUGAAAAGCAAAUAUCCUUCGCAUCGUUUGAUCAAAUACAUAAUCGCGGAGGCGGAUAAGCGACACUGUGAAGACUUGUCUUCGUUGUUGAAUCGCGAGGAAGCGGCGGCGAACCCAAAAGAACUGCUUGAAGGGAAGGUUUGCAGCGACUACAAUUACAGCGGGGAUGAAGUUUUAAACACACUGCAAAUGUCAGCCUCGUCGCAAUUUCAUUUGUCUAAUUUGUUGUUGAUGACUCUUGCUGAGAAAACUGUUCGGGAUAAGAACUAUUUUCCCAUCUGGAACUUCAUUGUUAGCAAUUUGAAAUUUCAUACGAAUAUGACGAGUAUUGUGCUGUGCCAAAGUGGUUUGUACUCGACAGGAUUGCUUUUGGCAAUGGUCCGUGGAGCCUGUUUUGAUGUGUUUACCGGCAUGGUCAGCGUCAUGAACCAGGAGUUUGGUUGGUAUUCAGAGCUGAAUGUACUUUUGUACAACCUCAGUGAAUUUGUCUUCCGUGAGACAAUAACGUAUUUACGCUUCAUUUCACUUGAUUACUUUACGAUACUUCAGAAUAAAUUACACAAAAUAGAAGAUAAUGUACUUCAUCGUCUUGAACAACAACUGAACCCUUUUCUGGCAGUCUACCGCCCCGUGGUCUCACAAUACUCAUCCCGGGAUGGAGACGAUGCCACCGAAGAGAAUUGUGAUGAACUACUAGAAUUUUGUAAGAUGUUUAUAGAGACGUAUCUUGCGAUAUGUAUUCAAAUUGAGGCACAUAAAAUGCGGAGAGAUAACUUUCUGUAUGCCUUAUACAAUUUCCGAAUAAAUUAUGAAGAUACGCAGUUUGCUAUAAUGACAUCAAAUUUUGCCCCGUUGUCAGCGGGUUGUUCGCAUUGCGCGUGUGUUAUAGAUGGCCUCGCGUAUUUUUGGGGCUCAAAUGGUGUGCCUUGUCUAUAUACAACUAGUAAACCCUCAGAUCCUCCUGAUCCUCCCCACGUUGUUAAAUGCUUAGAUAUUCUAACACAUUUAAAUCUAGAAGUUCACGCUGUCAAAUGCGGGAGGCAGCAUUCGUUGAUACUUACAAACAAUGGGUUAUAUUCAAUGGGAAUGAAUCAAAUGGGACAAUUAGGUGUGGGUAAGUCAGUUCAAGCAUCACUUCAGCCGGCCUUGGUCGAAGCUUUAGACUACAAAAAUAUAACUCUAAUGGAGGCAGGACAAUAUCACAAUGCUGUAGUGGCGAACAAACAGCUGUACACUUGGGGGUGGGGAAUUUACGGGCAACUGGGGCUCGGCGACGUUGAAAAUGCAUACGAACCAAAGUUGUUGGAAUUUUUCAACGGAAAGGAUAUCCAUCAAAUUUCCUUGGGUCACGCGCAUUCGAUCAUACUUUGUGAUGAUAUCGAUGGCCGAAGGAAGGUAUUCGUGUUUGGGUCGAAUCAGUUCGGCCAAUUAGGUGUAGGCAAUGCAGAGAAUAAAUCUAGUCCGAAUAAAUAUCUUAAACCAGUAGAACUGGUCGUUGGUGAAGACUCACCUAUAAGACUGAUCCAUACCAAAUUUUUUAUAAGUUUUGCUUUAAGCGAUAAAAAUGAACUUUUCACAUGGGGUACAUCCCCACAAGCUUUACGUUUAGCAAAUCAAGUUAAAAAACGAGCAAACGCCAAAAGCAAAAUCGAGGAAAGUUUCAAGCGCGAAAUUAAUCGUCGCAACGAAGCAGCCAACAGCGAAAAUGCUCCGACCACUAGUCAAUCCGCACCUCGCAGCCCACCAAAAGAAAUUACAAUACCCGUACCUGUGCUACCACCAAAAGAUGAAACACCACCUGAAAUCCCGAAAAGUAGUAGUGACGGUAAUAUAAUAGCCGAAGUUGCUGCAAUGAAUGAUACCGAUUCCACCGAAAGGCGACGACAUUCGGAUCCAAUUCCCAAAGAUGAAGGAAAAUCGAAUACAACAUGGUAUUUAGGAGAGUUGCCUUCGAGCUCUAGCAGUCGCGGUUUAGCGACGGAGAACGUAGUUGCAGAGGGUAAAACUUCUGAUCAGGAGGUUGAUGAUCCAGAGCCAUCGAUUGAAGAGGAAGAUAUUGUUAAAAUUGAAAACAUUGACGCUCCCCCGGUCGCAGGACCUUCAGCGCCCAGUAAAGAGGAGAAGCUUGCAAGUGUGCGAAGUAGUUUUCUGGACGAAGAAGUUGGGGAUCAUAUGAUCCCGCAUAAGGUUGAUACGAGUGAGGUUUCUGGUGAAAUUCUUCAAAUCUCUUCGGGUCUGUUCCAUUCUGCUGCGAUCUCAUCCACAUCUGUCUUGUACACGUGGGGCAAAAACUUGGAACAUCAAUUAGGAACGGAAGACAAAGAGCGGCGGACAGUUAUUAAACCGUUUGCUGUUGAAAGCAUAGAGAACCCCAUGUAUGUGGAGUGUGGAGCAGAUUUUACGUUAGUGAUGACCACUGAUUACGUAGUCAAGGCAUUCGGUGGAAAUUCAAAUGGGCAGUGUGGUCGUGAUCUAGGUCCGCCCUCAGAAAAAGGAAAAGCGGGGAAACUCUUCUGCCUGCCGACCGCAAAACGAUUGAUGCGUCUUGAGGGUCAUUGCGUUGAAAGUCCGUGUGAAGUCCCCCUCCCCCGGCCGCGAAUACAAAUGGGAUCGGAACCAACACGAUACCUCAAAACUGUUCCGAAGUUCAAAAGCAAAUACAUCAUGCGCCCAUCGCUCGGACCAUGGUUCGAGAGCAACAACAGCCUAAUGCAAAGUGAUAAUUUCCAAGAGUCUGGAGAUUUUGCAUCGAGCCUGGAGAACAUCAGCAUAAACGAUGAUGAUUCUCUAUGCUCAGCUGCGCUACGAGUUAUAAAUCUAAGCUCAAACGACGCCUCCCCCGCCGAUGAAAUGCUCUCGUGUCCACCGGUCUUUCACCACGCGAAAUCAUCCGCUCAAUCGGAAAAGCAUCCUUUCAGCUUCGAUGUUAAGGAAACGCCUCAUCGUAGCGGUGACAUAUCUUUUCGUCAUUAUAUACACUAUUGUCUUUACAUUUUCCACGGUUUAUAUGACAGUCAGAGAAUUAGUGAAUUAUCCCAGAAUAAUUUGGAAUUUCGUAUACGCAUUUUGAUGUUGAACUACAAAUACGUAGACGCAUUCACGCUGUGCGUAAAUGAAUGCAAAAGUGCACAAACAUCUAUACGAAUUUUUGAAUAUUUUACCAAAGACCCUAGUAUUGUACCGAUGCGACGAAAAGACUUGAAAUUUUUUAUACAUCAACUUUUUAUCCAUUUUAUAUCGAAGAGCCUUGAUCUCAGCGUUUGUGAAGAGUUUUUCACCAGCGAUCUAGAUUACUAUCUAUUAGAAUUAGCCUACGUACUCUAUUUCAAUAAUAACAACACAGAAUUGGAGCAGAGUAUGAAUCAGAAGUUCAAGAUGUUGUUGGAGCAAGACAUAGCCGACAAUCAGGACUAUAAUUUAGAGGACACCGACAUUAUAUUCGACAGUUUGAGUGUUCGCUUCAAGGCGCUCGUUUGUCAAGGCUUGUUGAAGAUGUGUGAUAAUUAAGCUUUCUGGACCCGCGCUUUACUUAAAUUGUGUUUUGCUUGGAUGGCGACAAUCCUUUCUAAGGCAGGAUCUUGCAAAUGUUACAAUAAUCGUGAGGGAGACAAUACGCAGAACAGUCUUCGUCAAUUGAAGUGAUUUUUUCCCCCGGCCAAAUUAUGUAUGCGAUCAAGUGUUUGGUAUUUUUACUAACCUUCUUUUCAUGCGAGUAAUAUUCACAGUAUUUCUUGUAAGGAUAUUAGUUGAAUUAACAGUUUUUCUUGUCUUGAAUUAUUCGAUCAAAGAAAUUAAUGCUCAUAUCGCGAGGACGAGUAUCCGAACCUAAUGAAAACUUGUCUAGGUUGAAAUGACUCGAAAUGUGGGCACGGGCUUUCUUUAAACGUUGCCAAUUUUCGGAUUUUAUAGAACUGAUAUUGUAUUGCGUAUCUGUAUCUGUCCUUUGUCCUGAAAUCUAUUUUUUUUUAUUUAUAUAUUUUCUGAAUUCUUUUUAUAUUUUGAAUUCUUUAUCCAAAUAUCCGACGAUGAUCUGACUACACAUUUGUAUCCUCUGAAAUGAUUUCCCCAAGGUGUGCAAUCCUGGAUGAUUUAAUUUGCAAAUUUGAAUCGAAAUCAAAUGUCCUUUAUUUUACAAACCUUAUCGAUCAGAAAUAUAUACGUAAAAAUCUAUAAAUGAACUUUUUUCGUUGAAGAGAACAAGAGUUUUCGACAAAUUACAAUUAUUGUAUGUGAUAAGUAAGAAUUGGAAGUGAUUUCUACGUAAUAUCAUUGAAUUAACUCAUCAGCCAUAUUUGUAUUAAAAUUUACGACAAAAAAAUUGUAUCAUCCUUAGUAUACGAGUUAACCCAAAAUUCACGAUUCAUCUACUUUAAGAGUUGUAUCUUCUACUUUAGGUAACAAUGACUUUAUUUUGAUUCAUCCCUUUAUUUUCUUUUUGUAUAGAAUUUUGUUUUUGAAAUACAGCUUUAUUUUAUAAACCA